UGUCAUCUUUCUCCCUCCAUCUGCGAGAGAAGGUGUGCCCCGUCCCCGUAGCUCGGUCACUUCGGCACGGCCCUUACACGAGAAGGCGGACCCCUCAAACCUUCCCCCUCACAACUACCAUCAUUACACCGGGAACGAAGAUUGUGGACCAGACGGGAAAGGUUUCUACAAGCUCUUCGGAAGAGCAAGUACAGAUCAUCGCGUGAUCUUGGAACAGACUUGACUUGGUAGAACUUUAGCAGAAAGGAGUCAUGGAUUCCAGAGUUACUUGCGCCGCGUGUGCGCUAGCAGUUCUAAUGAUGUGUUACAUGGCGGCAGCUGAGGAGCACGACACAAUUGAUUUCCACCUCAAUGUUGUGUUAUCAAAGGAGAGAGGGGAGCAGCUAAAGAAAAUACUGGAGUCACCAAAUCCGAGGUCCACCAGGGUAAAAAGGAAAGCUGCCAAGGAUCCCCUGUUGUUAUGGCCACAAGCAACUGUUCCUUACAAGUUCGAUGCCAGUGUAGCACCCAGGGAUAGAGCAGAGCUGAUGAAGGCCAUGUCCACAUGGAGCUCACAGACCUGCGUGAAGUUUGCUGAGUCUACACCACAACUGGCAGGAACCUUAGGGCACCAGGACUUCAUCACAUUCGUCAAACACUCAACAAACUGUGGGGCUGGUACAGGAAGAGCGCGAACAGGCUCACAAGCAGUGACGUACUCUGACUCCUGUAUGUACGGCAGCUACAAAAAUGAUCCGUCAGCUGUAGCGAUGCAUCUUCUGGGCAGUGCGAUGGGGCUGUAUCCUGAGAUCCGACGUCCAGACCGUGACCAGAGAGUCAUCGUUCUCACCGAGAACAUCAAGAAGGGAGAAGAAUCCAAGUUUGCCAAGCUAACCCCGGGCCAGAUCAACCUGUUCGACAUCCCAUUUGACUACCUGUCCAUCAUGCAGUGGGACGAUGCGACAUACAGUGCGAGCCCUGCCAACCGCAAGACGAUUAUCUCCAAGAACCCAUACUUCCAGAACCUUCUUGGCCAACGCACCAGUCUCAGCUACUAUGACAUCAAGUUUGUCAACAAGCUCUACACCUGCGAUUCCAAGUGUGCAAACCGUGCGACCCCGUGCCCGGCAGCAGGCUACCGUAGUGAGCAGUGUGCGUGCAUGUGUCCAGAUCCCAACAACUGGAGGGUGGCAGCCGUCUGCCCUGGGCAGUCAGAUCCUAAUCAAGACAAGAACUGCUACUCCAACAGGGGUGAGAAGUACCAGGGCACGGUGUCCAAGACUCAGACCGGGGAGACCUGUGUGCCAUGGAACCAGGCUCUGGACCGCUUUUACAACAUGGCCAAGUUCCCCACCCAGCUCGCCAAGUACUUCAUUGGACCACACAACUACUGCAGAAACCCUGACCCCACCCUGUUGGACCGGCCCUGGUGCUAUGUGCAGUCCAAACUGGACUGGGACUUCUGCGUCGUUCCCAAGUGUGUGACCUCCGGCAACCCCAGUGCUAGCGGUUUGACCAACCCUAACCCAGCCAUCAAGACCUGUGACCCACUGACUAUCCCUAAAAUGAUCAUCUCCAACUGCAUCAACGGAGGGGCGUACCCACCCGGAACCGUGUGUAACCUGGCUUGCGAAGCCGACGGCGGAAUGCUCACCUUCUCUGCCACUGUGUGCCAGGUGGAUGGGACCUGGUCUGUACCGACCAACCCACUCAAGUGUGGCGGCUCUGGGACUGACUGUUACAAGGGACGUGGUGAUACCUACAGAGGCCAAACAUCCACGACGAGAUCAUAGACGUAUGACAAACUACUGAGAUAUUUAACGGAACAGUUAAUCAAUAAUUUAAAGAUCCGUUACAUCAAUGUUUCAGAAAAAAUAUUUGACAUAUAAUGAACUUCAAGGAGAAAAUUUCAUCAUGGAAUUGACUUUGUGGUAUGGUUGAACUGAUACAUUAUGUAGUUUACCACAGGUCUAUUAAUAACGAGCCAUUACAUACUAUUCUUGUGGUUGGGGAAGGGAGAAAAAAUUGUGCACAACUCGUGUAGUAGCCCAAGGUAUUGAGGCGCUUCGGUGUCUUCUUGUAAAUUAUUGAUUUUGCAACAUUUGCAUAACAGUCUUGCUACUUUUUUUUCAAUAAUCAUAUAUCUAGAUUUUGAUAUCCAAUCAUUAGCAUCUAUUUAAAAGACCUUUAAUCUAGCUAAUUAGAUGCUAGUUGUGGGAAGUAUGUACAAGUUUAUUAAUCUACAUGACUAGAGGCAGCUUAUUCAAUAUUACUAGUUCUGUAGCCUAGCACAUACACAUUUGUGCACUAACCCUAUAUUGAUAGGACUGGUGAUUGUUUUUAUAUCCUACAGCAUUAGUUCACUGCUGCAAAGUAUGUAGUAUAUGGAACAGAAGAGCAGCUUGCCCAUUUUAGGCAACCAACCUUGGCAUGAUAAUAAGCUUGUUCAUUGUUCGAAGAGCGCAUGUGUAGUAUAGUCAUUGUGGGUUAUUAUUUGUCAAAGGCCCCUGCAAUACAUAAACAAAGGUUAGGUUCAUUUAACUUUGACAUAGUAUUGGCUGCAAUAUCAUACUGCACUUGUGCACUAAAAAACAUGAACUGGCCUUUAGUGAAAACUUCUUCCAUAUUUUAAUGUAUUGAGUAACAUGUGUGAUAAAUUUUGCUCCUGCAUUUUCAUAACUAUGUUGGCAUAAACUGUAUCAACUGGUAUAUGUAUGGCCAAAGUUCAUUGGAAACAGAAUUUGAACUUGCAGGAGUGCAUGAAACUGAUAUUAUCUUCUACCUCCUUUGAGAUAUUUCAAGGCAAUGGGCUUUCCAAUAAUGUAUUUCACUGUGUAGUGUUAACUUUUUCAAGUUCAAAAGCAGCAAAAGUCCAAACUUCAAUAGCACUGCAGAUUGUCGUUUCUUGUAAGUUAUAUCAACAAUCAUGUACAUUAUUGUUGCUGUUUAAUACAGUGUGCUUGAAAUGAUGGGUUCCCAAAGGCGUUUUUAGGGAUACAUAAAGCUGAUGUUGAGUUUCUACUUUUAUAACCACUGUAAUGUAGCUAGUACUCUGUACCCUUUCCAUAUAAGAUUAAAGUUUUAUGUAACCAAAAUGUAAACUUCUUUACUCAACCGUUAAAUGAUACUAGUAAGAUAAGUAAAUAAGUACAGAAACUCAAAGUGUAGCAUUACAUAUAACUGAUCUGUUUGACGUUGUUACGUUUCUCUGCAAUGAGGUGUACAGACCUUUAAUUUGUGAAAGUUAACAUAUUUUGCAUGUCUCGGCAAGUUGACUUCCUAUUUCAGUAGGUCUACAUGUAUGUAUGGUUUUAGAUCCUGUGAAAUAAACCCUUGUAUCAACACCAUAUAAA